GAUAUAGAAUACCGCUGUGCCAACACCAUGAUUUCCAUUCGUUCUUUUUAUUGAAGAACGCCAUUGAACGCCAUUUUGUAUUCAAUUGUGAGGUGUCUACUGCGUGGUGGUUAGAGGCUGUAUUUUUUGUGUUAUUUUCUUAGAUUAGUGCUUUAUUUGUGUCACAGGUAAUAGAAUAAAAAUGCCGGGCGCCGGUACUUUCAAAAUCUUCGUCGGGAACCUUUCCGAUAAAACAACGGAUGCCGAUCUUAGACCGCUAUUCGAAAAGUACGGUACGGUCGUAGAAUGCGAUAUCGUCAGAAAUUACGGUUUCGUGCACAUGGAAAACGAACAAGUGGGCCGCGAAGCCAUUCAGAAUCUAAACGGCGAGAUAGUUCAUGGGCAAGCGAUAAAAAUCGAGGCGGCCAAGAGUCGAAAGGCGCCGUCGACGCCAACUACAAAAAUAUUCGUGGGUAACCUAACGGACAAGACGCGCGCGCCCGAGGUCCGCGAGCUGUUUCAGAAGUACGGCACCGUGGUCGAGUGCGAUAUCGUGCGUAACUAUGGCUUCGUGCACUUGGACGCGUCGGGCGACGUGAACGAGGCCAUCAAAGAGCUGAACGGUAUGAUGGUCGACGGGCAGCCCAUGAAGGUGCAGCUGUCGACGAGCCGCGUGCGCCAGCGGCCCGGCAUGGGCGACCCCGAGCAGUGCUACCGCUGCGGCCGCGGCGGCCACUGGUCCAAGGAGUGCCCCAAGGCGCUGGGCCCGGACCGCAACGGUUUCCGCGAUCGGGCGUUCGGCCGCGACCCCUACCCCCCGCCGCCGCCGCCGCCGUUCCUCCGCGAUCGCAUGAUGGGAGGAUUUGGGGACCCGUACGAUGGGUACUACGAGCGCGCGCGGUUUGACUCUCCGCGCGAGUUGUUCGAGCGGCGCUACCCGGUGGGAGGGUCCCGCGGGCUAGAGCUGGGCGCCUCGCGGGGUGGCCGCGGAGAGUUCGUAUCGCCGCCGCUGCGUCGGGAGCCGAUGCCGCCGAUGCCCAGCCUGCCGCCGAUGCGCAGCGGAAUGGGAUCAAUGAGGUCGUCGUAUGAUGAUAUGUUCAGCAGAAGAAGCCCCCCGCAAGGACCCCAGAUGUCCCGGGGGAUGUAUGAGGAUUUCAGUCGGGACACAUUUGAUGAUAGAAGGCCGGGUAUGCGUGGGCCGUCGCCAUCCAGAAGAUAUGCGCCUUAUUAAAAUUAAGACUUAGUUCUCUAAAGCUCAUGUUAUGUCGAAACAUUUGACUGGUCCGACAAAUCAUUAGAUAUUUUAUAGACAAUUUAUCUGUAAGCUGGGUAGGAGUGACUGACAUGUUUUCCACAAUGUGUGAUUGUAUGACUGCGUAUAGUGACUGUAUUUUGUGAUGGAAUGUAAAUAAGUGAAAUAAAUAUCGUUUUAAGUACA